AUGGAGAGCAUGUCGAUCGACUCUUUGGAUGACUCUAUCAUUAUUGAAGAGGCAAUGAUAAAGCUCGAAGAGAAAAUUCGCCAGUUGCAUAAUAUUGAGCGAGUCACUCACACACUGGUUGAAGAAACCUUACGCUUGCACAAAGAGACUGUCAAAAUUGAACGAGCCACCUACACACUGGUUGAAGAUACCGUACGCUUGCGCAGAGAGACUGCCAAAAAGAUUGCCAACAUGAGGAUGAUUGUGCAGAGUCUUCGCGAUAUCAAUGAGAUUCCAUAA